AUGGAAAAUUUAGUAGCUAAGAUAGAAGAACUUUUAGUAUGCGAUUCAUUAGAUGCUCUUUGCAAGGUGUCUGUAGUUUAUUUAACAAUAGAGGAUAACGUCUUGCUACCAUAUAAUAAAGCGUUAAAUACUCUCCAAGAAGCAUCUCUAGACUAUACGCAGGAAGAAAUAGAUCAAAAUAUCAGGCGUGAUCUGGAGGUGAGCACAGUUCUUAGUGAUGAAUCUUCAUUAGUGCAAAACUUGAAAAUAAGACAGAAGCGUCAUUUUUUGAAAAUGAAAUGUGAACUUCCUAGAGAAAUUAUUUCCAAGUGUGAGGAGUUUACAAAUAAUUUUCACAGAGGACACAUGCCAAAUAAUUUUAGAAAUACCGUACAUGACAAAAUGUGGAAAGAGACUGAUCCUGAAUUGGAAAAAAGAAUGGAACAGAUACUUAGCGUACAUGCAGAAAUUUGGAAUAACCCAGCAUUUACAACUAAUAAAUCUCGUAGUAAGCAAAGUAAAGAUACUUACGUUACAGAUGAAUAUUAUGAUACCACACCUUCCACUAUUCGCUCUCAUCAAAGAAUUUUUAUGUCAUGUGAUUCAACUAACAGUUUUCCUGAAAAGAUCAAUUUAGCUGCAAAAAGCCUAGCUAAAUAUCAACGAAUGAUAGAGAUCGCUACAGAUGACUCAAUGAAAUUAAAACGUCAUGCUGAAGCUCAAUCAAGGCUAGCAGCAAAAAAACAGAAAUUGCUAGAAGAGG